AUGGCGGGACGGGGGGGGCUGCUGUGCGCGGCCUCCGGGUUGGCGCUGCUGGUGGCUGCCACUGCCACCGACUUCUGGCUGCAGUACCGGGCAGCGGGCGGCCCCGGCUGCCAGGGCCUGUGGCGCGUCUGCCUGGGGGGCGAGUGCCGCCCCCACGCCGGCACCCCGGGCUUCCUGGCGCUGCUGGGCCUGGCCGUGUACACGGCGGUGACCGUGAGCGCGUUCGGGCAGCGCCAGCCCGACUGGCGCUUCUCCUGGUCCUACAUGCUGGGCUGGGUGGCCGCGGUGCUGCUGCUCUCGGCAGGGCUCUUCCACGUCUGCGCCGCCUCCAAGGACCCGAGCCCCGAGAGCUCCGAAGCUGCCUGA